AUGGGUUUCACUAGCAGGCUGGUGGCGCUGCCAAAACUUCUCGGGGUGGCGGCGGCCCGGGGCGGCGGCGGUGCCUGCAGGCGGCCAGGGCGGCCCUGUGUGCGGAGCCCACUCCCAGCCUGGGCCGCCGCUGCCCCGCGCCCACCUCUGGGCGGCCGCCCAGCCUCCUCCCGGGCGUCGGGCGAGUACGAGAACGUUUUCAGGUCUUCCGUGGCAGAGCCCGAGAAGCUCUGGGGAGCAGCUGCUGAGCAGAUUCAGUGGUUCAAGCCCUGGGUCCGGGCCCUGGACAGGGGCCGCCCGGGGAGCGCCUCCUGGUUUGCAGGUGGAGAGCUGAAUAUCUGUUACAACGCUGUCGAUCGCCAUGUGGAGAAUGGGCGAGGAGGCCAAACUGCCAUUAUUUAUGACAGUCCUGUAACAAACACCCAGGAGAAGAUAACAUAUAAGGAGCUUCUUCAACAGGUCUCCAAGUUAGCUGAUGUGAUGGUCAGACAUGGUGUGAGGCAAGGAGAUCGUGUGGUCAUCUACAUGCCCAUGAUUCCACAGACAGUGUUCUGCAUGCUGGCUUGUGCCAGAGUUGGAGCCAUCCAUAGCCUGAUCUUCGGUGGGUUUGCAUCUAGAGAGCUCGCUGUUCGCAUCGAGCAUGCAAAGCCUAAACUUGUAGUAACAGCAAGUUUUGGAGUAGAACCAAAAAGGAAAGUGGAAUACAUAUCCCUUCUAGAAGGAGCACUGGCAAGAGUACAGAACAAACCUGCUAAAGUUCUCAUUUACAAGCGACCUGAUUUGGGCCAUGUUCCUUUUGUCCCAGGCCGUGACCUUGACUGGGAAGAAGAGCUUGCAAAAGCACAGUGUUCUCAAUGUGUCUCAGUUCCCUCAGACCAUCCACUUUAUAUUCUGUAUACAUCUGGAACGACAGGCUUGCCCAAGGGUGUUGUCAGACCAACAGGUGGCUAUGCAGUAAUGCUGAACUGGACCAUGUCAGCUGUAUAUGGACUCAGCCCUGGGGAGGUGUGGUGGGCAGCUUCUGAUCUAGGCUGGGUUGUUGGUCAUUCCUAUAUUUGCUAUGGACCUCUGCUUCAUGGGAACACAACAGUUUUGUAUGAGGGGAAGCCUGUGGGGACGCCAGAUGCUGGUGCCUAUUUCCGUGUGCUGGCAGAGCACCAAGUGGCUGCUGCCUUUACUUCACCCACUGCAAUCAGAGCAAUCCGUCAGCAGGACCCUGAAGCAGCUUUGGGAAGGCAAUACCCUCUGAAAAGGUUCAGAACAUUGUUUGUAGCUGGUGAACACUGUGAUAAGGACACACUGGAAUGGUCAAAAAGGGUCUUCAAGGUACCUGUCUUGGACCAUUGGUGGCAAACUGAAUCUGGUUCUGCAAUUACUGCUUCCUGUAUUGGUUUGGGGCACUCUACAACACCUCCCCCUGGACAGGCAGGAAAGCCAGUGCCAGGAUACAAUGUGAUGAUUCUGGAUGAAAAUAAGGAACCAGUGAAAGCUAAGACUUUGGGAAAUAUUGUGGUAAAGUUGCCUUUGCCUCCUGGAGCAUUCUCAGGUCUUUGGGAAAAUCAGGAAACAUUCCACAAGUUAUAUUUCCAGAAAUUUCCAGGAUAUUAUGAUACCAUGGAUGCAGGCUAUAUGGAUGAAGAUGGCUAUUUGUAUGUCCUGUCUCGAGCAGAUGAUGUGAUCAACGUUGCUGGACACCGAAUUUCAUCGGGGGCGAUUGAAGAGUGUGUUCUCUUCCAUCCUGCUGUGGCAGACUGUGCCGUUGUGGGCCAGGAGGAUUGUUUAAAGGGACACGUUCCCUUUGCCCUCUGUGUCCUGAGAGAAGGUGUAAAGACAGAAGAGAGGAAGAUUCUGGCAGAGAUUGUUGAGCAAGUUCGAGCUAACAUUGGCCCAGUAGCAGCUUUGCAGAAGGGGAUGGUUGUGAAGCAGCUCCCAAAGACACGCUCAGGCAAGGUCCCACGCUCAGCUCUCUCUGCCCUUGUCAGUGGGAAGCCUUACAAGAUCACACCAACCAUUGAAGAUGCCAGUGUCUUCAAACACAUUGAAGAAGCAUUAAAGAAAAAUCAAAUGGGAUAA